AUUUUGAUUGACAUUUAUAAUUACUCUGUGGACUGGAACUAGACGUAUUCUUGGUGGCGAACUGAAAAAUAAUUUUAUUUCCUCUUCAUUGUGAUUCGAGAUUGUUUUAAACAUUUAGAAAUUUGUAGGUACAGAUAACGCAGAAAUGGCUAGUGUUAAGUUUUUAAUGCUGUUAGCAGUUAUAUGCGCCUGUAACGGACUUGGUCAUGGCGGCUGGAUUACGACGCCGGAGCCGGUUACGAUUGAUGUGCCUAAGCGUUCUCAGGCGUCGGUGACCCCAGUAAAUGAGGAGCUCCCCGUGCCAAAAGUUGUGGCGGUAGAUUCCGAUCCUACUCUCGAGAAGAAAACAACUACCCCUCAAACGACUACAAGUUCUACUACGACUGCACCUCCUAGCCCCAGUCCAGACCCCACACCGGCCCCGACUACCACCACGCCUGCCCCGACAACCACCACACCUGUCCCGCCGACCACCACACCUGUCCCGCCGACCACCACACCUGUUCCCACCACUAAACCAACCCCUGCUCCUACAACCCCCCCUACUCCUACGCCAAAGCCUUCACCACCAGGCCCAGUGCCACCUCCAGACCAGGGCAUGUGGUCUUACACAGACAACAACAACGUUACUUGUGUUGUGGUCCAGUUUGCCGCUCAACUCAACAUCUCGUACUUCACAGAUAGCAACAAUACUAUUGAGAAAUACGUGAUCUUCGAUUUCCCGACGAACGCGAACGCCACUAACGGCAGUUGUAACGCUACUGAGCAGUGGAUCGAGUUGAGCUGGCCCUCCAAGAACGAGAGCUCGUACUCGAAUACCCUUACCCUGGUCUUCGCAGCCAACGAGACCACCAAGACUUACGAGAUGAAGGGUGUCAACAUCACUUUGAACCCUGACAUGCUGGUGAAUGCUUCUGUUACCGGUGACAUCUCCCUUUGGCACGGCAAGGGUUGGGAGACGCCCAUAGCAUCGUCAUACCGCUGCAUGCAGGCCACAUACCUCAAGCUCACCAGCAACACUAACGUCGCGGGGAUAGUGACCGUCACCAGGUUGCAGGAGGAGGCCUUCAGGAAGACCAGCUCCAGGGGUUUCAGCGCCGCCCGCGACUGCGCCGGCGACGUGCCCGACGCGGUGCCGAUCGCCGUGGGCUGCGCGCUCGGCGGGCUGGUGGUGGUGGUGCUGGUGGCCUACCUGCUGGCGCGGCGCCGCUCCGCCGUGCGGGGCUACCUGUCCAUGUAGACUGAUCACCACAGCUGAGCCAGCGAGGGAAGUCAGUGAGAAGUACUAGCUAGAAAUCCACUUCAUCGCAUUUACUGUUAAUUUGCGAGACGCGAUACAUUUGAUGUUUGCUCAAUUCUAUGUCAAACGCUCGUCAAUUGGACCUAUUUAAAGUAUUAGGGUUAUAGAUACCUGCAUAUUUGGUGACUAUAGCAGGAGGCUUAUUCUGUAACUAGAUACCUUAUUCAAGAACGUUGACAAUUCAUGUUUUAUCUCCCGUCCCUUUCUAUCGCAAUGGUUUAUUUUAAAGUUAGAAAGAGAUAGGAGAUGCCUUGUCAAACGUACGUGAAUCGACCCUAAGGAGACGUUUAGUAUUUUUUUUAAACCCUGUUUAAUAUAGUUAUCAAGUGCAGCGAUUUCUUUGAAGUUACGUUUUGCUAUGAUUCUUUGACUUAAUAAGAAUCGUUUGUACCGAAGUAAUUAUAUAAGUUAAAAAACAGUAAUGCGAGCUUUAGGCAAAAUUUGGGAGGUAAUUUUGAUUUUUUUUUUCUGAAGAAAAUACAUAGUCUGUGGAGGAGGAAAAAUAAUUUAAAAAUAAAUGUUUUGUUUUUUUUUUUUAUCGUGUAGUGAAUUUAUAAUUUUUUUUUGUGAAUAAAACGCCGGUUCACUGUGAAUGUUACUUUUUACUGUAUUUUGUUUUAGAUGUUCUUCUUAAAUUUAAGAAAUCUACCUCCCAAAUAUAAAAAACGAAAUAAUAAUAUUUUUUUUAAAUUUUUUCUAAAAUAAGAAAAUUUUUUGACAUUUAAAAUUUAAAACUGAAUUAACAUCCAGAUUAAAGAACUUAGUUCGUGUAAAGAACAAAUUGUUUAUAAAUUCGAGCAAUGCAAAGCUGAGCGUGUUAGCUGAUUCUUCGUAUAAUUUACGUUUUCAUCUAAGCCAUAAUAAAUAGUGAUAAUUUGAUUUUGUACUUGGAAAAAAAAAAUAAUAUAAUUAUAACCUAUAUUGAAUUAUUAUGAUUAAAAAAAAUAACAUGAGGAUAAUUUUAUCGGUGCAUUAAAAAAUAUUGCGAAAUAAACACGCGGUUUAUUUUGUAAAAAUUAGUCCGCCGCGUUUGUGUCGCAAUUUUUUUUUUCUGUAACACAUUUGCCGAAUUUACGCUCUCCCACGUUUGGUUUUAUAAUGUUUUGAAAUAAUAAAUAUUUAAUUUUUUGUUAAGACAUACUACUAUACAUACAUAUAUAUACAUAACCAUGACUUAAUUUUGCCUAUUGCAGUACGGGGUUAUUUUUUUAAAUAUGGGCCAUUUUUUUAACGUAAUGCUCGGUACACAUUAUUAACUUGAAAACAUUUUUAAAAAUGUACAUUUAAUUAAGAUCUUGAGAAGAAAAUUCAAGAUAUUUUGCAAUUUUUUUUUAUUUUUUUUUAUUUCGUAAAGUCCCUAUUUGGCCCCUCUUCUUUGAAAUAACAUUGUACGGCAAUAGCUUCGCGUAAUUUCGAUAAAUGUCGCCCUCAGUAACAAUUAUUAUAUGUAUCCUUUAUAUAAUACAGUGAUUUAUUUUAUCCAAAGAUUUAUUCCCAUUGCUUCAGUUAUACGCCAGUAUAACGAGUAUGUUAAUCUCAUCACACAUCUACUUAUGUAGGAAUUAAAAUUCCACAGUCCGUAAUAGUUUAUAUGAAAAUCUAGAAGUAGAUAGUAAUAUAAAGCAGUGUCUUUCUUUAUUAGAAAGUGUUCGAAAUGUAUUCUUUAAGUGUACAAGUGUACUGGUCAACUUCAUUGCUGCUCCGUGGUCCGACGCGAAAUAUGCUAUUAAAUAAGUCUAGGAUUUACAUUUUUUCAUCUCCGUUUUAUCGAUGUACGUCGACUCUGCCUUGUCUAUGGUAACCCUAAGAGCAAUCUAUGUGCAAAAUAAAGAUAAUGUUAAAAAUGGAGUAAAUUUGUGUUAGUUUUGUCUGUUAGAUGUAAAUACGAUUAAAUCGAUACUAAGUCCAUUGCAAUUAAUAAAACUGAAGAGUUGUAAUUUUAAUUUAUUAAUAAUUAUUUCUAUAAAAAUAACUUUAAAAAAAUAAUUGUUUUCUUUUCAUCAAUGUAAAUCUGACUUAAGUGCAUAUUUAGCGUCAAAGUUGCCAACACUUCCAGAUGUUAAGGUUUAAAAUUUUAACUGGCAACUUCGUUUCGCGACAUUAAGUAGUUAGGACGUUAUGUAGUCAAAAAUAGGCAAUGAAUGUUCCAGUUAUUUUCAUUGGAUGGUAGCGGGGAGUAUUAGAAGUCCUAACUUAAGGCCCAGUGUGCUUGAAAAGGUACACAAGUUUUAUAUUUUAACCAGUCUUCGAUGUCCAAAUUUUGAACCUUCUCAGACACACAGGGAGGUUCGUGAUGGAAGGAAUGUAAUUAAAAAAAAUAAAUGUUUUUUAUUGCCAA